UCGUAGAUAGCAGCCUCGAACGCUUCCCGAUCUGGUUAACCGUGCACACCGCCUGCACGCCUUGGACCAUUUGAUCUCUUGAGCAAGUAAGAUAAAACAUCCUGAGGAACCGUGCAAGUCAGAGCGCGAAAUUGGAGACUUCCUUAUUGAGUGUUAGGCACUUAUCGUCGCCAUCCAUGUCUACGGGCGUUUCACAACAGGAGAAAGAUGGGUCGCCUCCCUCACUCACCCUCUGCCAAUGGCUGCAUCUAAUCGGGAAAGUAGCGAGAUCAUUGUGUAUAAUUAUCUUGAGAUCAAUUGCGGCACCUUUUCGGCUCCCCAAGGGCCAAACAUGCUCCAGAUACGUUAGAUACGAGGGAAUGCGAGUGUUUCAAACAGCGCUUUCCGCAGUCGAGAAGCAAAAUGCCCUUCCAUCCACCGAAUCUACCUGUAGGAGAUUUUCCAGGAAGCGUGGUCUUUCCCAAAAGGACGUCCAACUUCCCGAUGGAACAAAGGUCCACUGGAUCGGAUCCCCUGACGCUCCAAGAGUGAUAGCCUACUUUCAUGGAGGCGGCUAUGCCGCUCCAGCGCUAAGUCAACAUAUAUCAUUUCUCUACGACAAUGUGUCUCGUUACCGCGAUGUCUCUAUCUUGGUCCUAUCGUAUGAUCUGGCCUCUGAAACAAAGAACCACUAUCCUCGACAACUGCGACAGGCAGUUAGUAUGCUUAAUUACCUCAUUAAUGAAGCAAAUAAAAUGCCUUCAAAUAUAAGCCUCGUCGGAAACUCAGCCGGUUGUCACUUGAUGCUGGGUCUCCUGCUACACAUUAGCCAUCCUAGUCCUUUAGCACCUUCUCUCGAGAUUCCUGGCCAGCUAUAUCAAGCAAUACUGACCUCUCCAUGGGUCACUUUCGAUGUUUCCGCUCGGUCCAUGGAAACCAACAAGGACAAGGAUAUUAUUUGUCCUUCUGCGCUCGCCUACUGGGGGCAAAACGUUUUGAGUGGUGCAAAAGUUGACCCUUGGAACACUCCUUUGUCUGCACCAAGACAGUGGUGGAGCGAUCUCAAGGUCGGUGAUAUACUUAUACUAUAUGGAGGAGACGAGGUAAUGCACGACGACGUGGCUGAGUUCUCUAGCAUACUGAAGGCUGCCCAUCCGCGAACAACGGUGUAUGAAUUGCCUGGGGAGUGUCACGAACAGGUGCUCAUUAAUGACUUACUACAUCUCAAUAUGGAACCUCUUUCCGGAAAGAUCUUUUCUGACUGGAUGGAAGAGCAUUUGCGCGAUGGAAAGUCAUGAAGUCAUGAAGACUUGUCGGCGAUAUGACUGUAUAUGAUAGCGUCGACUACUCGAGUCACUAGUCCCGGCUAUAUAUCUAGAAAUCUAGACGAUCGAAAAUAUGAGUCUUAAGAUAUCGUGCCGAAGAGAUCAAUGAUCGGGUUUCACUUUAUAUAGGACACAUAGUAAAAUGGGCAUCAGUACUCGAAUCACUUCGACACAUUAACACUUACAAUGGGAAU